AUGGGGGCGUCCGUAAUCCAGGAGCAGCGAGAGAUCAUUUUAAGUACAAUCAAAGCAAUCACUCGAGGCGACUGGAAGGUACUGGUUACCGACGAAGAAGCCAAGAGGUUAAUAGACAAUGUGGUCAAGGAAGAUGAUAUCCUCAAUGAGAACAUUGCUAAUAUCGAGAGGAUCGAGGAGAAGCGGGACAUGAAUCCUGAUAUGGACGCCAUUUACCUCUUGUCCCCGCAACCACAUAUCGUCGACUGUCUCAUGGCAGAUUUCGAGCGCCGAAGAUAUCGGAAAACUUUCCUCGUGUGGACUGGCCUGCUCGAACCUCAGAUGCGCCGGCGUAUCGAUGUGUCCAGGCAGGCUCAGGAGCAGUUGGCGGGGUUUGAGACAAUGUCGAUAGACUUCUUUCCCCGCGAGUCGCAUUUAAUAACGUUCCGGGAUCCCUGGAGCUUCCCGAUACUUUACCAUCCAGCAUGCAGCUCUCUAGUAAAGGACCAUAUACAGCUUCUUGCAAGAAAGAUUACUGGAAUUUGUGUCUCAUUGGGGGAAUACCCCAAAAUUCGAUAUUAUAAACCUCGAAAUCCCUUGCACGAAGCAAGCGUUCUGUGCUCCCAUCUGGCGAGGUUUGUCCAGGAAGAGCUGGAUGCCUACGCGCAGUACAACCAGAACUUUCCGCCACCAGCCUCCCGACCACAAGGCGUCCUCAUUAUUACAGACCGAUCAAUGGAUCUGGUAGCCCCUCUGAUACACGAGUUUACAUAUCAAGCGAUGGCCCAUGAUUUGCUGCCAAUAAAAGAAGGUGAUAAAGUAGUCUACAGGACUGUUAUCAACGAAGGGCAGCGCGACCAGCAAGAAAAGGAGGUGGAGAUUGGUGAGAAAGACAAGAUCUGGGUCGAAAAUAGGCACCGGCAUAUGAAGGACACUAUCGAGAAAUUAAUGGGCGAUUUUCAAAAGUUCAUUGACGAGAAUCCACAUUUUACGAAUACCGAAGAUGCUACUAGUUUGAGCGCUAUCAAAGAUAUGUUAGCGGGAUUACCGCAAUUUCAGGAGUUGAAAGAAGCAUACUCGUUGCAUCUGAGCAUGGCACAAGAGUGUAUGAAUAUCUUUCAACACCACAAACUCCCAGAUGUCGCAUCGGUUGAGCAGUCACUCGCAACAGGACUUGACGAGGAUUUCCGGAAGCCCAAGAAUGUAGGCGAUCAAGUCGUUCGACUACUGGAUGAUGAUAGUAUUGGGCCAGCGGAUCGAUUGAGGCUCACAAUGCUCUACAUAUUAUACCGAGAAGGAUUAAUAACGGAAGAUAUUGAGCGCCUUCUCAUGCAUGCUUCUCUACCGGAAGGCGAGAUCGGUGUCAUUCAGAAUAUGGAUCUGCUUGGUGCCCAUACUACGAAAAAGAGCGUGAAAGAACCUAAGCUUAACGCUGCGCCCCUAUUCCCACGGAAGACUAGCCCAACCGCUCAAGACGAAGAGUACGCACUUUCACGCUUUGAGCCGAGCCUGAAGCUGGUGCUCGAGGAGCUAGCUAAGGGCACCCUGGACCAAUCGAUCUUCCCAUACACCAAAGCCCCUCUAGACAAUUCCGAGGAACUCCUCGCACAAUCACAGGCAUCUCUACGGAGCGCGAAGCCAACUUGGGCGCGGAACCGCAUGUCAACCGUAGACAGUCGGCAAAGAACUAUUGUAUUCAUGGCCGGCGGAGCAACAUACUCAGAGUCUCGGGUCUGUUACGAAGUCUCCGACUCUAGAAGCAGAGACACAUUUCUCGUCUCCAGCCACAUGCUUACCCCAGCAUUAUUUGUGCGGCAAGUUGGAGAUUUGAGCGCCGAUAGAAGGAAAUUAGAUCUCCCCGUCGACCGACCCAAACCGAAAGCCCCAGCGCAUCUGUUCGUAAGAAACGACCCCCCUCGGCCUCCACCAAGUAUGGCCCCUCCUGGAGGCCGGCAAGGUAUGGGCUUGCCAGCCCGAGGCGGUCCUGGAGCUGCUCCAUCGCCUCCCAGCAUAGCCGGAAGCCAAAAUGGCAAUGUCGGCAACCCCUACGAUCGACCCUCGCCCGCCCCUCCAACCGCCGGUUUAGCAGCCAUGAGCAUGAACACCGUCGGAGGUAAAGGUCAGCCCAUCGCCCUGAAUGGCGGUAGCAGCAAGAAUAAGCUAGAGAAGAAGAGCAAACCUGAAGGUGUGGAGAAGGAGAAGAAGAAGAGAGGGUUCUUUGGGAGCAAGAAGUGA